CUUCCUCUGUCGACGGCGCCAGUGUGUGGAGCCUGCCGCACACCCACCCCCUGCCAAACCACGGCCUUUACCUGUGUCUUUCGGUGUUUCCCGUGCGACCCGUCCUGUGGGAGCGCCUCGUGGGCCGCCCCAGACUUCACCCCACGCUCAGCAGCACCAAUGGUGAAGAUGACGAGAUCCAAGACUUUUCAGGCAUACCUGCCCUCGUGCCACCGGACCUACAGCUGCAUUCACUGCAGAGCUCACUUGGCCAAUCAUGACGAACUCAUUUCCAAGUCGUUCCAGGGAAGUCAAGGACGAGCAUACCUCUUUAAUUCCGUAGUGAAUGUGGGCUGCGGGCCUGCCGAGGAGCGGGUGUUGCUGACAGGACUCCAUGCGGUUGCGGACAUUUACUGUGAGAGCUGCAAGACCACCCUGGGCUGGAAAUAUGAGCAUGCUUUUGAAAGCAGUCAGAAGUAUAAAGAAGGCAAAUACAUCAUUGAGCUAGCACACAUGAUCAAGGACAAUGGCUGGGACUGACCCGACAGCAUCCGCGUGAAUGCCAUCCAGCUGAACAUUCUACCCAAGCGUGAGAGAGUGAACACUUGGUUCCAUCCAUUCAGGGGCCUUGCCAUCAGGGGGCAUCCUCCCACCCUGACGCCAUCUUUUUUGGUGACUGGCCUCUAAUCACUGUCUCUCUGUCUCUUUGCUUUGUAUCUGUGUGUGAGUUGAUCUUGGCUUCUCUGUUCUAGUGUUGGCUGAAAACAAAAUAAUGGAACAGAUCCUCGGCCGCGUAGCGGCAGCCCACCUUGAAAAGGGGCCCCCAGCCCACGUGGGAGCUGCCUAAUGGCCUCUUGUCUGGAGCAGUGGCACAUGGGGCAUGAGGAAGAGCAAAGGGGUACCUGAGAGUCCUGGAAUUGGGGGGGUGGGGCAGGAGGGUAGAUGUAGGAACAAAGUGUACCGCUCUUGCAGACCUGGUAACUUUAAGGCUUGAAAUAAUUGGCCCUUUCAAAAGGACAAAGAGGAAGAAAAAAUACCUCAUGGCUGUGCUCUCUCUCUGACAAACUCCUGCCCUAACAUCAAACGUGCCAGGACAGCUGAUCGGCACUAGAAGUGGCCCUGGUUCUGGCUGACAGGGAAAGACCCGGGCAUUCUGGACCCGAAUUGGAGCUCGUCCUGCUAGGGUGACUGGGGGACAGGUAAAGUUCAAAUGGGUUUUUAGUGACUCUGCCCUCUGGGCGGUCAUCAUCUUGGUCUCCUUAGCUGCUGGAGGCGAAGGGAAAGAUGCCAAUGCCCCAUUCAGCCAGCAACACAGUAAAAUCAGUGGUGGAAGGAAGCGGGGGAGCAUGAGGGGUUGCAGCCUUGGAGCUCCUGAAAGCAGGCAGGAAAAGUCAAAAUUGGGAACUAGGCAACAGUUCCAUGGAGUAAUGCAGCAGAGGAGAGGUUCUGGGGAGCAGCAGGCGUGGCCCGGCUGGCCUCCUCGGCUAGGCAGUGGCUUCUGUGGGAUCAGCAGUUCUUUGUUCGUGGUGUGUCUGGGUUUUGGUGGUUUUAAUUUUUUUCCCCAUCCAGUUCCAUCACCACAACCUGGGGAGCAAAGAGCCAAGCUUCCAUCCCUCAUGCCUCUGUUGUUCUUAGACCUGAAUGUCUCGUGGGGAGAAAUCUUUUGACAGGGCCCUCCAGCAGUGGGGAGGAAUCACAGAUUCAAUAUUGCCCCCUCAACCACCACCAAACCCAAGCUUCCUUGGGGUGGGCAGAAAAAUCCCUGUAAGUCUCAUGAAACGAAAAGGAACUUAUUUAAUCAACACUUGUGAAGGGCAUUUUGCAGCAGUUAGCCAUCGUGUGGCUCAUGGCCGAAACUUGUUUGAAUUAAUUUCAUUUCUUAGGCAGAAAAUAAUGUUAAAAUAUGUGCAUAUUAGGUAAUUCCCAACAACUGAUUCUCUGAACUAGGCUGGGUCCUCCAGGAAAAACUCACCUCUGAAUAAAGCCUAAUAGAAGAGGGAGGCCUUGGAGAUAAGAAGCUGUAGAAUUGGUUAACCAAGGUUAAAGCAGCCCACCGGGGACACUGCAGUUCACCUCGUUAGCUGAGCCAAAUUCCCAAUGAGGAGAGAGCUGUGGUGGACAUGGCUUUGUCCUUUGUCCCUCAAAUGCUGAUGUGGGAAUGGAGGAAUUGAGACCUGGCCCCACCCAGCCCGUGAUGGUGGCCGGGCGACAGGAAGCAGGCCAGCUUGGUUUGACAGUGGACUGCCUCUCUUCUGGGAUGCAGAGGGGUUCCUAGAAACAGAAUUUUGUUCCUCAAGUCUCCUUGUCCUGAGUCCUGGAUAGCUCAGCAUCCCCUCCCCCUGGACUGCAAGGCCAGCUGAGGCUCAGAAGUGUUGAGCUUUGGUUCCAGAAAAACCACCUCAUGGCUCCCAGGCCCAAGUUCUCAGUGACACACAUUUUUCCGCUUUCACAUUCCUAAGCUGGUUUGCCAGCUCAGAAGUCAUGCAUGGCCCCCCCUAGUUCUGCCCGAGGGAUGUGGCCUUCAGUUAAGGAUGGGAUUAGACCCUUUGCUCAGGGAAUACCCUUUAAAAAAAAAUAAGGGGGUAGGGGUUGAAGCUAGGCAGAUGGGGGGUUGUUUAGGGCUUUUUUUGUUUUUCUUUAAAACUAACAUUGUUGACAUAGAGGAACUGGACACCCUGUAAUUCUCAAUGGUCAGAGAAAGGAGACCAGUGUGCCACUAUUUCUCCUCAAGGUGGGGUUCUUGAUCAUCUUGGACCAUGGCAAGCUCCAGUAGGACCCUGGUUCUGGCUUUUCCGGAACUGCUAUGGAUUGCACACCCAGUGGGUGCCUGGCACCGUACUUGGUGCAGAAGAUGAGAGUGUUGGUUUUCCCAUAACUGCAAGUUUGGAGGCGGACCAAAACUCCUUCGGCUCCGCAGCUCCACCCGUGGCUUGUCCGCCAUAGCCAUAGCAGUAUUAGAGGGUCCACAGCUGAGCAAUGGAGACUCACGCGCGAGGCCUCAGUCAGUUUCUUCUUUAUUUUCCUCACCAAAUUACCAACUCAGCAUAACCAAAGACCUCAUCCAUUCACCCCAUGUAGGUUCAGGGAAUCAGACUGACCUGGUGAACUCGGGCAGGGGUAGGGGAGGAGAGGAGAAAGGGAAAGGCCUGCAGUGUUAUACCUCAGCCACCAGCUGCCUUCAUUCUGAACUGAAGUCUAGCUGAAGUCUCCUGUGCCGCCAUGGGAUAUGGGCUAUGGCUACCCCAGAGUACACCCGUGCUCUGCUACCCCGCCCUCCAUGUUUCUCCCAGGCCGCCGAUGGUUAAAUGGACAGGAGUUAAGUGCAGCCAAGCUCUCAGCUGGGCCUGGCCGACUGAACCACCCCAACUCCUAUGGCAGUCAGAUCAUGUAGAUGAAGUAAAUCUUUGCUGGUGGAUCAGUGUGUACAGAAGAGGUAUCCCCUUUAUGAUAAAAUUUCCAGUGUAUAUAUAUGUGUGUAUAUAUAUAUAUAUAUACACACAUAUAUAUACACACACACAGUUGUUUGUGAAAUAUACUUUUGUAAAUAAUAUUUAAUUUUUUAAAUAAUAUAUUUGGUGCUGUAUUCUCAGAUCCCCUGAGAGCACUUUUAUUUUCAAUUCUAUAGCUUCCUCUGUGUUUCUUGAAGUAUAUUUUAAGGGAAAGAGUAAUCACUGAUAUACUUUUUUUUUCCUUAGAUCUGUCACUUUAAAAUGGAUUGAGGCUUUAAAACAUUUUUGCUUUUUUUUUUAUGUUUGCAUUUUUUUUUUUCCCAGUUGAACAGACUAGUAAAUUGCAAGGUUGUGAACUGAUACUUUCUUGCCCAGUAUUGGCCAGAAGAGAAACAAGUAGUAACAACUUAAGGGUAAUUACCUUAGUUGGGAGAACUUCCAAGAAAUUGGAAUCCCCGCCCUGUGUGUGUGUGUGUGUGUGUGUGUGUGUGUGUUUCCUACUGAGGACACUAUGAACUACAGCUUAUACCUUGGGCACAUAGUUUUCCCUCUCUGGUUUCCAUGUUGGAGCGACCAACAGCAGGAAGCAGGAUUUUCUCUCCCCGAGUGUGGAGCUCCGGCCGGUUCCUCCGUGUGCUCAGCCUCCUCAGCCCAUGAAGCAAAGCUGUGAGGAUAAGUCGGAGAGAAAAUGCUGAGAGAAGUCUGUUCUUCUGGGGUGGAGCAGAUCAGUCUCACACCCCAGGGCUCCGGGUGUUCUGGAAGCCCUGUCAUAUUAAAUGUUAACUGGUUCAGGUUAAAAGGACAUUAAUAACAAAAUAGAUUUUUUUUUUUUAAAGGUCAGAUUGCUUUGGGUUCAGGCAUAGACUGGCAAAUCAAAUCUUGAACGCAACUUUUAUAUUAAAAAAAAAAAUCUGCCUCAAUGGAAAACACAUGGUAGUUCUAUGAGUGGAAAAUAUUGUUUUUAAAAUUGUGAUUGAUUUAUAAAAUUACCAUACAGUCAUGAAAUGUAUGAGAAAGAGAAAGCCGAGGUGGGGUUAGAUUUGCCCAGCAUUUCACAGUGGUUUGGUGAAGGCAGGAGUUGGCUCCCUUUUCCUAGCCUGCAAACUGUACCAUGAAUUUGUCUGUCUGUGUUUACAAACUGCAUUUGUUUGGUUUGGGAUUGUCUUUGUGUCGUAUUCUGUUUUUGUUUUUUUUCCCCCCAGGUCACUUUGCUUCAAUAACAAGGCGAUUGUUUUUUGAGUAAUCUGUCUUCACCUCCUUCCGGUAUUUGUACAUAAUGAUUCAGUAUUAGUAAGAAGUGCUUGUUUCUGUCAUUUCCAAUCUGUGUUGGUGCUCAUUUGAGAAAAUAAAGUUUUCAAAUACCAA